GGUAGAGGAUGUUGCUAGCAGCCAGUAUAGAUGCACAGCCUUUUUCACAACAAUAACAUCAACCAAAUUUGCAUCUCCACAUACUCGAUCUGAGGAUUAUACAUUCCGAACACUUUUGGGAACCUUGCACUGGACCUUGGCACGCCGGAUUUCAUUCUUUAUUUUGUAGUUUACAUCUUCUAUUGACAAUGGGAGCGGAGGGGUUUGCAGAUUUACAGGGCUCCCUUUUGCAGGAGCAGAAACAAGAAUCAUGGCUGGCCAGCUAGGCCGCAGAUGGAUUUGGUAGCUAACAGCAACGAUCUACUUGUAUAAAAUACUGUGGGCGGGUUCGGCGCCGCUCAUAAAAAGUUGUGCUAAAAAGUUAGUAAUUCAAUUACACGAUUAUCGUGGAUUUCGUUGUCUUUUUUGGGCCACAACGCUAGCUAGUGAGACCGCUAGCUUUCACAACCUUGACUGGUUACCGUCUUGCCUUCGUAGUUAGCUCCUUUAGCCAGCUAACGAUAGCAAGCAUCGUUUGGCUAGCGAUCCUCUGGGCAAACACAUUUGGAAAAUACGUUUACUGCGGGAUUUACUCUCAUUCUUGUGUGCUUGGUAGGCAUUUUUUUAAUCGCAAAUAUCCUUUUGCACCGUCUGCACCUGGAUGAAUGUGGGACAAAAUGGAGACCCCGACGAUUGUGUACGAUUUGGAUACCUCUGGGGGCUUAAUGGAGCAAAUCCAAACACUGCUGGCGCCCCCGAAGUCCGAUGAGGUAGAGAAGAGGAGUCGGAAGUUGGUGAGAGACGUCCGGAGGAGCGGCAGGGCAACCAACCACGACACCUGCGACAGCUGCCGGGAAGGGGGAGACUUGCUGUGCUGUGACCACUGCCCUGCAGCCUUCCACCUCCAAUGCUGCAACCCACCUCUAAGUGAAGAAAUGCUUCCCCCCGGAGAAUGGAUGUGUCACCGCUGCAAUGUUCGCAAAAAGAAGCGAGAGCAAAAGUUGGAACAGACCAAUGGCCUACCAGAGAAGUCCUCAUCCAAGCGCUCUUUGUCCCCGGCCGUGGAGCUGGAGCUCAAUGCUGGCCCACUGCGGCUCGACGGCCUGCCCCCAGGGGCCGGAGCAGCAGGGCCUGGUCUACGAGUGGCCCAGGUACGCCUCUUGGAGCGCAGGACCAGUAGCAGGCCAAGCAGUCGGCCAGGAACGCCCACCUCUAACACUUCGUCCACCCCAACACCUUCGGAAGAGCAGAACGACGGGGAGGAAGAGGCAGCGGAGCCUGAGGAUGAAGUUCAGGGCUCAGAGCAUGAGGGUGCUACGCUAUCGGCUCCAACGCCACGCCUCCUCAAGAGGCCCUUUCAGCUGCUAAUAGCAGCAGCCAUGGAGAGAAACCCUACGCAGUUCCAGUUGCCCAGCGAGCUGACCUGCACCACUGCACUGCCAGGCAGCAGUAAACGGAGAAGAAAAGAGGAGCUUCUAGGGAAGCCAUUCAGGAGGCCUCAGCAUGAACUGGAUCCCAAUGGUCUGGUCCCUUUACCAGUUAAAGUCUGCUUUUCAUGCAACAGGAGUUGCAGGAUAGCUCCACUGGUCCAGUGUGACUACUGUCCUCUUCUGUUCCACAUGGACUGUCUCGAUCCCCCACUUACAGCUUUACCUGCUGGGAAAUGGAUGUGUCCAAACCACGUUGAGCACUUAGUGCUGAAUCAGAGGAACCUGAGUCUCUCCAAUCGCUGUCAGCUCUUCGACCAUUUCCAGGACAGGAUGUCGCAGCACGCCGUCAAGUUGGACUUCCUGCGUAGAGUCCAUCGACAGAACGCACCCAACCGGCGCACAACCCACCAGCACAACAAGAAGACCUUCAAGGUGCCAGAUGCCAUCAAGUCCCAGUACCAGAACCCACCCCCCAUGCUGCUUCCUGCUGGUGUGCGUCAGUUGGAGCUGGUCUGUAGCGGUGUGCCUGCCCAUCAGAGCUCAAAGCACCUCACCUCAGAGGCUGAGCAACAGGAGUGGCUUCAGGAUGUCAUAGCCCUCCAGUGCAGCAUCAUGCGACACUUAUCUAUAAAGCAGAAGGCUCUGUCCGUGACAUCCAGCCUGUCAUCAGCAACACCGUCAGCAGAGUGGGCUUCUGAGCAAAAGGCCCAAUCCCGCGUUACUCCAGAGGACAUGAAAACCCAUGGAAGGACUCCUUCCCCAGCCCCCUGCUCUAAAACCUGCGGUACAUCCAGUGACCCCCAGGGGGCCUCUCUAUUAGAGCCGGGGGUCUGCAAAUGUGGCAUGAAACCAUGUCAGAACUGUAGGAAAGCCAAUGGGCCUCUAGCAGAGCCUCCCAAAGCUAACGGACCUUUAGACUGUAUCAGCAGCUCAGACUCCUGCAGGCAGGCUGAGCUGCAGCAUAGACUGAAGCCCGGCGCAACCCCCCCAGACAGGACCCCUUCCCAUGGGCUGGUGAACCACAUAGGAACAGAGACGGUCAAACAGGAACCUCAGGGCACUACGGUGGCCUGUGCUCAGAAAACCGCCCCCACUGCCCUGACGAUAUGGCCCCACAGCGUCCAGCAGAACCACAGGAGCCAGGUGGAGCCGCCGCAUGGGGAGUGUACCAAGAGCGACCAGAAACCCACCUACUCCAUCACCAGCACCGACGCACCGCCUAAAGUCAGCCAGGAGCCAACCAAACUGGGGUUUACAUCGCCGACUCCAGACAUCAAGGCUGCUGCCGGCCUGAUGGGCUCACUGCUGUCCAGCUGCAUGAAAGAUGGAAAGGAUGAGGAAAGAGGGAUUGAGCUGGACAAACUGGACACAGAGAUGAUCAAGCUCCUGGCCUGGCAGAGGAUCCAGCAGCUCUUCCCCCCCAAAGUGCCCAGCACUCCGCCUCCCCCAGCCAUCAGCGCUGCCCCCAAAACCCCAUCACCCUGCCCCGAAGGCCAGAAGAAAGUGCAGGCCCGAGCGGUGUUCUACCCUCUCAUGGGAAAAGGAGGAGCUGUCAGCAUGUGCUAUAGGACGUUAUACAUAGGAUCAGGUGCUGACAUGGAUGUGUGCCUUACCAACUACGGGCAUUGCAACUACAUAUCGGGGAAGCAUGCGUGUAUUUUCUAUGACGAGAAUACCAAGCACUAUGAGCUGCUCAACUACAGCGAGCACGGCACCACGGUGGACAACGUACUGUACUCGUGUGACUUCUCUGAGAAGGCUUCGCCGUCUCCACCCAGCGGGCUGGUGGCAAAAGUGCAAGGCAUCAUACGUCGCAGUAAGAAACGCGAGGAGGACGAGGGUCCCAGCUCCGUGGUGGGUUUGUUUCCGGUCGGAGGAGUGAUGAGCAGCCAGCCUCAGGGCGGCGGCGAGCUGUCGUGCAGCUGUAAGGCGAGCAGCUCCAGCCUGAUUGGAGGCAGCGGGGCGGGGUGGGAGGGCACGGCGCUGCUCCACCACGGCAGCUACAUCAAACUAGGCUGCCUCCAGUUCGUCUUCAGCAUCACAGAGUUCGCCAGUAAGCAGCCCAAAGAAGAGCAGCCCACGCCUGCGGCCAGUUUCACUAGCAGCAGCAGUACCAGCACCGCCACCACCACCACCACCUUCACACCACCACCACCCAACACUGCCACAGUGAGCAGCCCGUCCAGCCAGGAUGACACCGACACUGAGACUGCCCCACCCCACCAAGUGCCCAUACUGCGCCCCAACUCUAUUCCAUAACCUGCACAGGAAGUCCUUCCCUCCCUCCUUUUUGUUUUGCACCUGCCGAGUCACAAUGAAGGGAAAGCUGCACAGCUGGUUGGUCAACAGGGAAAAGUUUAUUUUUUUCAUUUUUAAUGGUUUAUAUCUUUGCAUGACUUGAAGUAUUAUUGACAAUCUCUUCCUUUUUUUGAAUGACUGACCAGUAACCCUCUAUUCACUUCAGGCCGUUAGGACUUUGAGCUUUAUUUACGCUCAAUCUUUCUUUUGCCAGUAUAUUGGUCAUUUAUGGUGUAACAUUAUUUUGUCAGUCAGCCCAUUUAGUACAAAACCUUUUAUUUUGUAGUAUUGAAUUCCAUACAUUCUGAUUUAUUUUGCUGCUUUUGCACCAUAGGUAGCUAUAUAUGUAUGAAACCAUACAUGCUUAUACACUAUAAUAUGUAUAUAUAAUGUAAAUAUAUAUAGUUCAAUGCCUCUCAAUUGGAGAAACAUUGGAUUUCUUGUACAUUUACCAUUUUUUGGUUUUUAACUGUACAGUUCAUGGAAUUUGUGAUACUGUGUAGAGUACCAGAAGUUUUGUGAUAAAGCUCGUUCUUAGUCUGUACUUUCCGCUGUAGUUCAUCUGUAAAUACUGUAUUGUUUUAGCACUCAUUUUAACAUCUUGUGCAGCUCUGUAUAUAAGCACUCUUUGUCUGUUCUUGCUUGUCUGUUCAAACAUGUAAAUACAGAAAGAUUUUCUAAGAACAAUCUCAA